CCAAUACUGCAAGAUUGCAGUUCCGCCUCCAGCUCAGGGCAGCGCACUCGCUGCUGCUGGGAUCAACACGCUGAUAUCUGUCAUACCUUUACAGCCAGGCGCUAGCAGCAGCAAGAAAGUAAAUCAAGUUGUUUUUGCACUGGACAAUGCGCUCUAUCUCAGGUUUAAUGAUCCUGGUCGCCGCGGCUACUUUCUAUCUUUACCUCCUCUCCACCAACCUUCCCCCUGGACCGAAGCGAAAGCCCUCCGAGGAUGAGCUCGAAAAGUCGGGCGAAGACUCGGACCCUGACCCGGGAUUGGAGGAAGUCAGGACUCUGACGUUCCCCUCUGACCUGGAGGAGCUGCAGGAGCUGGCUGAGUUGCUAAAGUUCUACAAGACGGAGCACACUGCCUACGUGCUGCUGCUCUUCUGCAGCGCAUACCUCUACAAGCAGUCCUUCGCCAUCCCUGGCUCUUCCUUUCUGAACAUGCUUGCAGGGGCCUUAUUCGGACCUUGGCAGGGCCUAUUCCUCGCCUGUGUCUUGACCACGGUGGGCUCAACCUACUGCUACCUGCUCUCCAGAACCUUUGGCAAGCAGCACAUCGUGAGGAUGUUCCCUGACAAGGUCUCCCUGCUGCAGAGGAAGACGGAGGAGAACCGGAGCAGUUUAUUUUUCUUCCUGUUGUUCCUGAGGUUCUUCCCUAUGACUCCAAACUGGUUCCUGAACGUCACGGCUCCCAUCCUCAAUAUCCCCAUCUCCAUUUUCUUCUUCUCUGUCCUCAUUGGUCUGAUCCCAUACAACUUCAUCUGCGUGCGCACUGGCGUUAUUCUAUCCGAGAUCUCCUCUCUGGAUGACCUCUUCUCCUGGAGCACCCUGAUGCAGCUCCUGGCCAUCGCUCUGGUGGCUCUCGUCCCAGGGGCUUUGAUCAAGCACUACAGCCAGGGGACGCUGAAACUGGACGAGCUUGACAAGAACGGGCACCAACUCGACAAGAAGCUCAGAUGACCGCCGUUCACUUCAGCGAACUGUUUUUUGUUUUUUUUUAUAAAAGAUCUUAAGUGUUUUAUUUUUGUCUUAAUGAAUUUUAUAGCAAGCGUGUGUUGGUUUUUAAAACAAUGUGAACUGGUUAGGAUUGUGUGGCUGUGUAGAUUCAGUACUGAUUUGCUAGCUGUUUGGGGAGUUGACACAAUGGCCGCAUGGGUUUGCUGCGUGACCUGAGAAUAGGAUUAAAUAGCCUUGGAAACUCCGCCCGUCUUUCUUUGGAUACAUUGGUGAGGGGAUUGUGUGUGUGUGUUUGUGUGUGUGUGUCCAUAUGUGAGGAUAUAUUUAUAAUGUGUCUACCCGCUGCCAGACCAUCACGUUUAUGAGCACUUCAUUCAUGCCAAACAAAUUAUAUAUAUAUAUAUAUACGCAUAUAAAAAUGUGAACUUAAUGUGCGGCUCACUCAAUCAAUAAGGUACUGUUCUCAUAUUUAUUGUGAAAUAUUUUCCUCAUUCAGGUUUAGAAUCUCGUAAGAGCUUUCUCGUGCAAUAGUUUGGACAAAGGAAUGUAUUUUUUUUAUAAGACUUUUUUUGUAAAAGAGAGAGAUUACAUUUUUAAAGCUUUUAACAAAAUCUGCUGAUGAGAAAGGUGUUUUGUUUUUUUUUGGGAGGGGGGGGGGGGUUUGAAAAGUAAAAUAGCAGAAUGGUAGGAAAAGGGUUCUGGCUCGGCUGGGUAUUGAUUGUGGAAACAUCAGUGCAAUCUUCUCUCCAGUCCACUGCUACAGCUUGGGCUAUGACAGGUGGAACCACUGUGCUGUGUUGCGUCUGUUUUAAGAGAAGGCUCCUUGUCUGAUCUGCUUCACCCCUUGGGGGUGCCUCAAACGAACUGAUAGGAGGGGUGAGACUGGAGCAGCUGCCGUACUGCCUGUCGGUAAACUUUUCGCUGUUGUGGUAAAUGAGCGAUGUGGCUCUUUGGGAUCUAUUUCUUUUUUGUGUUAUUGAUGUCUCAAACAAAACACUUUGAUACAGUCAGAUAAAAUGUUAGAUUUCUGACAGGAUAUCAAACAGCGCCUUGUGUUUCAUCUUCAGUGUCAAACAACGCUGUCGAAUCCUGAUUACUGUAUUUACUAAAUCAGUAGACCAAAUUCUACUCUAAAACAGGAAAUGUCCGUUGCAACUUCAUUUUGCAGAUGUCCCACUAUGGACAUGUUUACAACAGCACAUGUUUGCUUCUACAAAGUAUAUAAACGUAAUGUUGUAAUUAUGCAAUUGCUAAUUUUGUGGCAUGUAUAUUUAGCGUUUUAUUUAAAUAAGUGCAAAGUUAGUGAUUUUUAAUACAUUUAGGAAAUUUACUGUGAUCAAGCAGACCUAUGUCAUUACUGUGAACAACUCAAUCUCAACAGUUAACUUCUAAACCUCCUCCAUCUCAGAGUCACUGUACACUCCAGUAAGAAGCAGAGCCCAUUACAGUUUUAUCUUCAUUUCGACAGGGUAAAAGUUUAAAAUGCCAUUGAAGUACAUCAUGCUAACUUAAUAAUCCUAGUAAACUGUUCCUAAUAUGUACUGCCAUUAUUUUUUAGGUCAGUGUUGUAAACGUGUAUUUAAUUUUUUUUUUAUGGUGUGUUUUUCAAAGCUCAGAUCGCUCCUUCCAGAUGUUUCAAAACUGAACUUCUGCUCCGUUUCGAUGUUCUAUUUCACAGCACGGAACACAGGAACAUGUGAGUCAUUGGAAAGACAGUGGAUUGCUACAAAUAGAUUGUAAGCUUGAGGCUUCUGGGAGUUUGAGUUCUUAUCAAACUCCAAGAAGGAACUCGACUCCUUGUUAACCAAUUGCUGUUUUACCACUUUCCUUCCAAGUGACCUAAAAUGGAAUAUUGGGACACAGAGGACGUCGUCCUGGUUUUUGCAUUGAACGCCCCAAAAACUGAAAACUGUAGCCAAAGUUUAAAACGUGACUGGACAGUUAUUCCAAAAAAAAAAAAAAAAGAAAAAGCUCUUCUGCUAUUUUUUGUACUUUUGCUAUUGGACAAUCUCUUAUUGAGUGUAUUCGUAUGAAUUGCCUUGAAGUAUUGUGAAAAAAAACAGCAGGUCUCGGUGAGGCCUACUUUCUCUGGGAUACAUCCUCACUGUUGUUGUCUAGACAAAAGCUGCAGCUACAGAUAGAGCCUGUCCUUAUUCCUUUUUAAACAUUAGACGCACGAUCCGCUCUGCCAAACUUAGGAAAAGCAUGUCAAGAUGUAUAGGUGCUAUUAAAGGAAUAAAGUGUAAAUUAUAGGUCACUCUUUAUCCACCUGUUUCUAUUGUUGUCUUCCAGGCUUUAUUUGUGGUUUUCAUUAUUUUGCUGACAAGACCACAGAGUGGUUAAACCGAAGGAUUUGUGUAUAACCAGGACCUUUCUCCAUAUGUGAAACACUGAUACUGACAACCAUGUGUCAUUUGCCUCCAUUUUGCAGGGGGUAUACCUAAGCUGGUGUGCGAUGGGAGCUUUAUUUCCAUCCCUGAUUAAGGGUGCGUAUUUAUUCUCUUGAAUUUGGUGUUGGCUCCAUAUUUCUAGCUGCUGAAUCUCAAAAUUGUCUAGAAAAGUUACACGUUGAUUGUUUUUUUAUGUUUUAGAAGAGAAUUUUUUUUCACCUGGCUGGCUUUGUGAUGUUUAAAUAAAAGAAGUAAACAGUA